CACGGAAUCCAUUAAUGCGCGGAGGUCGCAAUCGUAUUGAAACCCCCACCAGAAUGACCCCCAAAUUGCUCUCUAUGUUUCUCCAUUUCUCCAUUACUUUUCUGAAGUGGAGCCAGCUGUAUGUAAGAACAUGGGCAAAACAUGAGUUUAGAGUCUUGUUCUUUGAUGAUGUACAUGUAGAGAUAUCCAAGUGGAUUUAGUGAUGCAAGAAAGGUGAUUGUGUAAGAAAGGUGAAUUGUAUGGUUGGUAUGUAAUGGCAACUGAUGUAGAUCAAGCAUAUUAUGGGUGGUCACAUGAUGAAUUACUGGAUAGUGACAGGGUCGAUUCUCAGGAAGUUUCAGUUUCGCAAAUGCUUGACCAUGGUUCAAUAUCCUUCGGAAGAUUUGCAGUUGAGUCACUGGCUUGGGCGAAAAGGUCGGCAUUCACCUACAACGAACGGCAGGAGGAACUGGAGAAAGUCAAGAAUCCUGGUUUAGUUGCCCAGAAAAAGGCAUAUUUUGAAGAAUAUUACAAAAAGCUUCGGGCUUUGAAAGCUAUGCAAGAUAAUCAGCAAACUGAGCUUACAUUGGAAUAUGGCGGUGAUGGUAGCAUUUCUAGCCAAACUGGGGAGGAUGAGGAAACAAUGGGGCAAUCUGAGCAUUAUGGAAAUGCAGCAGCAAAUCUCCAUGAUGUUCUUGCAAAAGGAACCAUGAUUGCUCCAUUAGAAAAGGACCAUUUAAGCAGAAAAGCUUCUCAGACAGGACACUUGGAUCCAGAGUCUACAUUACCAUGCCAUGAUUUGUUUGCAAGGAACUUGAAAGCAGCUGGACAAGCGAUGCACUCAAGUAACAAUAUUCAGUGGCAACAUAUGGAUACAGAUUCUUACGUGGGUGAAUCCCUUUGCGGAGGCACUGAAGUGAUUGUACAACAUGAUAUCAUUGAAUUUGAAGUUGAAAAGAAGUAUCAAGAUUCAGUGUCAGGUAUUCGAUCUAAUGGAGCAGCUCAAGGGACUGUAGUGUCAAUUGUUGAACCUGUAAAAGGAAUCCAGAAUACUGCAGCGAGUCCUACAAAUUAUAAACUGGGAGAUAUAGAAGAUGCAUCUGCUGACAACCAUGCACCCAAAAAGAAUAAGUCAAUUAUAAGGGCAUCUGCUAACAGUAUAUCCUCUUCUACAGUUAAGGAAUUAACUGUUUCAGCUAGAAAUUGUUUAAAGCUGAAAAAUAGAAUCAAGCCAGAAAAGGACAAUGCAUUGCAGAGACAAAAGCAUCCCAUUCACAAGACAACUGGGAAAGUUGAGAGGAACAUUGGUUCAUGCACAUCCACUUCCCGUAGAGUAUCAAAAAAUAUUAAAUCAACUGUAGCUGUGACGCACAGGACCCUGACAGAAGUACGCUCUAAUGGCACCAUUCCACGCCCUUUUUCUCUUGCCACAGAAAGGAGAGCUGCAACUUUUGAAAAUAAAUUAGAUGAAAGGGGACUGGUUACCAAACUACCAAAUAGACUAACAACAUCCCUAAAUCAUGCAAAAGGUGUCAUUAGUGCACAGGGUUCAUUCAAUAAAACAGCCACGUCUAGUGGUGUGAGAAGUAAGGGACAAGAAAACAAAAGAGAUCAAGAAGUUAAAGACAAAACUUUAGCAUGUGGUAAGCAGAGUUUUAAUGGCAGAUGUACUUUUGUGCUUGGACAGCAAAUGGCAAGGUCUGUAGACCUCCCUGCCCGUAAUAUACCUAAUUGGAGCGGUGGAAUUGAUCACAAGUUCUCAAUUGCAUUUGGACGAAAUCUGCGGAAAGAGAUUAAAGAGGACUUGAGGUCAAGGGAGCCUAGUGGAUCAGGCACAAAGAUUAUUAAAGAGGACUUGAGGUCAAGGGAGCCUAGUGGAUCAGGCACAAAGAUUAUGUCUUCCCAUAAUGAAAAUCCAAGGACAGGGAAUAUAAAGGCAGGGCAUUGUCUGACAAAGCCUGACAAGAAAAAGUUACCAAUAGGCAAUGCAUCUGUCGAUGUCAAAAAACCCAAGCAACCGAUGCCACGGUGGCGGUAGCUCAGUUCAUAUGAUUGAUGGGACGAAUCACUCUUUUGUGAAUGCAAACAGUACAGUCCUUUGGGCCCUGCAACUUUGAGUCUAAGAAAGUUAUGGAUUAAGCUCGCCAUUGGUAACUAUAUCAUCAAUCUCUGUAUUUGUAUUUGGAUAUGUCUUUCUUGACGAAGAGUUCUGCCCUCUGAUAUUCACCUGCAGUAUAUAUAUAUAUAUAUGUGAUGUGCUGUUAUUCCCUUUGUGUUGUAGUAGAACAUCCGAUGUGAUAGAAUUGCAAUUUCAUGUCAUUACUGAGAGAA